AUCACAUGCUUAAAGUUAGGACGUCACCAAUUACUUACCUACCUACCUAAGACAAGACAACCGACAAAGCCGAUAGCAUUGGUCGCAUACGCCGAGGGAUGUUUUAAGGUUGCUUCCCUUGAAGUACCCGUAGCUUCAUAGCACUGAGACUUAGACUCAGACUCAACUUCUAUGCGACUUUCAACUAUUAACCACUUGCUGGCUGCAGCCAUGUAAUCACAAUAAUUCCAAGUUGUGUAAAUUUCGGUCGACUUGAUUUUGUGCACAUUUCUGUUCUAACUAUGAGAUGAAUCUUAUUUGUUAACUAUUUUAUUUUAUUUCACUUCGAGGUAAACGAGCUUCAGCUCCUCGUCGUCGUCUCGCAAGAGACUGCCUACCUCCCACCUACCUAAGGUACCUACCUAAACUAAUAGCCGACCACCUUAUCUCCCAAAUCGACCACCAACAUGGCGGUACAAUCCAAACUUGUUCUAUCCGAUCGGUCGGCCAAGAGCGUCAUUGCGCAUUUAACGACGUUGUACGCCCAGAACCGAACCCGGAUCUCACGCGCCGUUUAUCUUACCCUACUCGUCGCACUCGUCAACCGCGUCCGACAUGCCAUUUCCGAGCAAAAGGCUGCCUCCGCACGCGAGACAGCUAAGCGACGAUCCGGUACCACCUCGAGCGACGGUGAAGAUGUGACCAUGAAGAAGAAGAAAGUUGAGCUGGACCGCGAGUUCUUUAAGUCGCUAUUAAAAUUGCUUAAAAUAGUCGUCCCCGGCGUACGGAGCAAGGAGGCUCGGCUUCUCCUCAGCCAUAGCUUCUUCCUAGUUGUGCGAACACUCAUCAGUUUGAAAGUUGCCGAGAUGGAUGGCGCAAUCGUAAAGGCACUUGUAAAAGGGAACGGAAAGGAAUUCCUCACAAGAAUUGUGUGGUGGAUGUUAAUUGCUGUUCCUGCAACAUUUACGAAUUCCAUGCUUUCGUAUCACCAAGCCGAGUUAUCCCUCAGUUACCGAACACGAUUGACCCAGUAUAUUCACGACAAAUACCUCUCCCAACUCACCUUCUACGGCAUCUCCGCGCUUGAUGAUCGGAUAAAGAACCCAGACCAGCUUAUAGCAGUCGAUGUUGCCAAGUUCUCUAACAGUUUGGCUGAGCUAUACGGCAAUCUGGCAAAGCCGUUGCUAGACAUGACCAUCUACACUUGGUCGCUGUCAAAGAGCGUCGGCGGCGAAGGCGUUAUGUUCAUGUCCUUAUUGGUCCAACUAUCAGCCAACGUCAUGCGCGCCCUAACACCCCCCUUUGGAAAAUACGUUGCGGACGAAGCACGAUUGGAAGGCGAGUUCCGGUUUCAACAUUCGCGACUUAUCGAUCACAGUGAAGAGGUAGCGCUAUACCACGGCCACGAAGUAGAGAAGGACACUCUCGACAAGGGCUAUUUUACGCUUAUCAAGCACGUCAACUACAUAUUACGUCGGCGAUUCUACCAUGGCGUGAUGGAGGAUUUUGUCAUUAAAUAUUUCUGGGGUGCUUUGGGUCUUCUGCUUUGCAGUGUACCCGUCUUCUUCAAAUUGCCCGGACAGCUAGCCGGCACUUCUAGCAUGGGCGAUCGAACGGAGUCGUUCGUAACCAACAGGCGAAUGUUACUCGGCGCAUCCGAUGCCUUUGGGCGGAUAAUGUUUUCUUACCGCGAAAUCAUGGAGUUGGCCGGUUACACGUCGCGUGUUGCAUCGCUAUUGGACGUUAUGGACGAUAUCCAGGCCGGGCAUUUCGAGAAGAAGCUAGUAUCUAGUUCGGGUACUGAGGAUAACGAAGCGGUAUUAAAGGGCAGGGGGAAGAUAGUUGAGAGUAAGGACAUCGAAUUUAUCGACGUGCCGAUUAUCUCCCCCAAUGGCGAUGUUCUCGUAAAAGCGCUGUCAUUUUCGCUUAAGCAAGGUGAUCACCUUCUCGUCGUUGGUCCAAACGGCUGCGGAAAGUCAAGUCUUUUCCGAAUCCUAGGGGGCCUCUGGCCUGUGUAUGGUGGCACAGUCUACAAGCCGCCUUUCACGGAUAUUUUUUACAUUCCACAACGGCCAUACUUAUCGCGGGGAAGUCUUCGCCAGCAAAUCACAUACCCCGAUAGUCUACGGAGUGUUCGUGCGCGCGGGGUCACGGAUGCCCAAUUGCUAGAUAUCCUCAAGAUUCUUUCUCUCGAGCACCUUGUAGAUCUUUACCCCGAGGGCUGGGAUGCAGAAGCUGAAUGGCGCGACGUGCUCUCAGGUGGCUUGCAGCAGCGUGUGGCCAUGGCUCGUCUCUUCUAUCACAAGCCGCGGUACGCAAUCCUGGACGAAUGCACGAGCAGUGUGACGCUGGAGACCGAGAAGGUCAUGUACGAUAAUGCGAAGGCCUUAGGAAUCACACUGAUGACGGUGAGCCAUCGACGGAGUUUGUGGAAGUACCACAGCAAGAUUUUGCAGUUCGACGGAGAGGGUCAUUAUGUAUUUACGAAGCUCGACGCCGAGAAGAGGUUGAAGCUCGAGGACGAAAAGGAAGACCUGGAUGUGUUGCUAAGACGAGUGCCGGAAAUUGAAAGAAGAAUUGGCGAAUUGACCGCCGAAUAACGGCGGGGAAAUAGAAGUGACAGGGGGAAUAUGAUGUGCAUAUAUGAAGAAGGAUGGAAUUGCUAGGUACUAGCCUCAUUUCUCAUUUACAGGGUCCAUCAACAUGGUACAUAGUAUAUUAGCAACUAGCUUAGCUUGCGGACACCGCAUUUUGUUAAACGAAGCUAUAGGAAUUUUGACGGUGCGGGAUUUAUCAAUUGGCUCUCAUAGGCCUACGGCGAUCUCUGACUGUUGAGUCCCCGCCGAGUUAAGAGAUGGUGAGAUGAUCUAUGUGGAACGUUGGAAGAGAGAAAAAAAAAAAAAAAAAGACCCUUGAGUCUACCCACUGUACCCCUCGAGCCUCGUCAGUAAAUCCUGACAAGGAUCUUAUGACGGAUGAGGCUAUCUAGUCUGGAGACUCUCAUACAAGAAGAAACCUUGGAGAUUGGUAAACAAACAGGACAGGACAGGACAGGACAAACAAGCAAACAAACAAACAGAGCUCUGUCAUUCCGAUUUGUGUUUACUUACUUCCACCUCCUGGUUACCUAAUGCAUGUUAGGUGGUGAACCUCCAAGGGCAAGACGGUUUGGAAAGAAAAAAGAGACAAAAAAUUGGUAAUAUAUCUCAAGUUUGACAUACACCACAUGUCAAUUUAUAUAUACUGUACGCACGCAUACUACG